AUGUCUAUCACGAGCCUCAGCCCAGGCCAUGCUCCGUGCACGCGCUCGCCGCGGGACAAGCGGGCCAACAAGGAUCCCGACACCCUGCGGCAGCAGCAGCAGCAACGCGAGCUGGGCCGGCGGCACAGUCGCGACGUCGAACCUAAGGCCCGUUCGGGAGACGAUGGCAGCUUCGAGAUGAUCCGCCGCGAACUAGACGCCGACUGCACCAUUGUCAUAUCGAGCUCCCCCCUCGCCACCCCGGUGAAGCAGGAGAGGAGCGCGGCCAAGGCGGAGGCGCCUCAGGCCCGGCAGGCGCACAAGAGCCGCCGACAGCGCCUGAGCAACGCCGUCAUGAGAUGCCACGCGUGCGGCACGGGGGACACGCCCGAGUGGCGGCACGGGCCGGACGGACCGGGGACGCUGUGCAACGUGUGCGGGCUCGUCUUUCAGAAGCAGCAGCGACGGUUCUUGCGGGACGCCGGCCGGCGGUGGUGA